AUGAAUUUCACAAAUAAUCAAGUGGAGUGUGUCAAUUCUUCAACUCUGUCCUGUUCAGGAGCAUCACCAACACCAGCUGAUGUGCCGUUGUACAUGACUGUAGCAGCAGUGAUUUCAGUGACAGUGUGUGGAAAUCUACUUGUCAUAGUCUCCAUCUGCCACUUCAAGCAGCUCCACACACCAACCAACUUCCUCCUCCUCUCUCUUGCUGUGGCGGACUUUCUUGUUGGCGUAGCUGUGAUGCCUUUCCACUUUGCUCUCUUGCUGAAUCCAAACUGGUGCUUUGGUGCAAUUUAUUGCACCAUUUGCAACGUAGCGUCCUUUCACCUGACUUGCGUGUCAAUUUACAAUGUAGCCUUCAUCGCUGUGGACCGAUAUUUUGCUCUAAGCAACCCUUUUCUUUACUGCACUAAAAUGACAGCGAAUCUGACUUUGAGGAUACUGUCCAUUCUUUGGUUGUGUACAUUUAUCUACAAUGUAGUGCUUCUUUAUUCCAAUGGAAAUAUUUCUGAUAUGACAGAAAAUGUUAAAUGUGCUGAGUGUAUUAUUACAAUUAACAAAAUAUGGACUAUUUUUGACUUUAUAAUAGUAUUUAUUGUGCCCUGCAUGACAAUCAUAAUUAUGUACCUGAAAGUGUUUGCCAUUGCAAGAAGACACGCUAACAAGAUAAACUGCGCCAGACAACAGCAUUCAAAGGGUACGAAACUUAAAAAUUUUUCAAUGGCGUCAGAAAGGAAAGCAGCAAAAACACUUGGAAUUCUAGUGGCAGUGUUCCUGCUGUGUUUGAUUCCUUUCUACAUAAGUGCUUUCCUGAUUGUAUAUAUUAGGAAACCGUCCGCAUAUCUUGUGGUUCUGAAUACCACAACUCUUAUAUAUCUCAAUUCUACAAUCAAUCCUAUAAUUUAUGCUCUAUUUUAUCCAUGGUUUCAAAAGUCCAUUAAACUCAUUUUAACACUGAGAAUAUGUACCUCACAGUCUUCGUUAAUGAACGUGCUUGUAAAGGAAACGUAAACAAUGGAUUUAUAUUAGUGUUUCCCACAAUAAUAUAGAACUCUGACACUCAUAAUUAACUCCACUGUUAAAAUAUGAUUCACUAGCAUUGCUUCCAUUGUUUUUUAUCUCUGCUUUUCAGUGUUUCUGUAUUUUAAUUAGUUAGUUUAAAAGAAAUCAUACUUUUGAUAUAGUGCCCAGCGCAGUCUUAUUAUACUGUGUAUGUCAUAGUUUAGUUAAGUUUGUAAUUAUUUUAGGUAAGAUUUCACUGACUUUCAAGGUAAAUGAUGUAAAUUACAAACAUAUCUUACUCACUUUUAGGGCAUUAAGGGGAAAUGAAGAAGGAACACCAUCAACCACUCAACCAUACACUAUGAAUAUGGUCAGUAUAAUGCAUAGUAUCACAAAAGCAAAGUGCAAAACUCGCAUCUCCUUCUUUUUCACUUCUCGUGACACAAAACAAGGAGGACAUAAGACAACCAAAUUGAUUUUGAAGUAAUGGGGAAGGUACGUUUACAGCAAACUUCCAAGCAGACACCAUAAUAGGGCCUUUGCAUAACAUUUCUGCGAAGGUAUCCAACAUAUUCAUACAGACCAAAAUAU